AUGAACGUACGAUAUGACGGAGUCCGGCGGGCCGCCAUGUUGAUCCUGGGCGUACCGACGCUAUUCAACAGCGCCCCCAACGCUCCGCGAACGUACGAGAGAGGUGAUUACACGUGCACAGCAGGAGCAUGGAACGCCGUUGCUUCCGUGAUCGGUACCUGCCCGAAUUGGCUACUCCCGCUAAUAUCGCGUGCCCACGCGCUAGCGUUGGUGCACCUUUGUUUCAUCUUAUUUGUCAUUAUAUACGCUCAUGUGAGCUAUGCUCUUCACCUCUCCGCUCCUCAGACUCCUGCAAAUCACCAUGCAUCAGCGCUCAAGCGGUUAUACAGUUGGUCCGCCAUUCGACAGCAACGGUGA